AUGGCCUACGGACCUGUCCCAAACUUGAAUGGCCCUUACGUUCGCUUAGAAGAAGACAUCGAGUUGAGCACGCAAUACAACUCCGGGUCUCAUCGUAACAUCCCGCUGCCAAUCGAUGCACAAGAUCGCGAGGACAAAGAUAGAGCCCAGGAUACCAAGAACACUCUUUUGUCCAAUGAAGUACCCAUCGGAAGAUGGCCUUCCAAUUCGGAGCGCAUGGCGAAAGUGACCCUGAGGAAGGCAUUGGUCGUCGUGUUUGAUACGCUUCUUGCAUCUACACCCAUCAUGUUUAUUGCCCUGGCAUUGUUAGCUACCAAGAUAGAUGGAAAGGAGCGUUCAGACUAUGCGGUCAGCCUGGAUGAGAAACUUUACCUCUUGCCCACCAUAUUUCCUCUCAUUUUCGCAGCCUUGAUGGGGAGGCUCUUCCGCUACCUUAGUCUUUGGUUAGCUCAACAGGGCACAACCCUCGACGGAUGGAAAUUGCUCCCCGAAGAGUUUCUGGACGCUAACGUAUCAUACGCCUCCCUGCUUGGCAUUCCCGCCGUCGGUGAGCGCUUCCUCGAGUCCUAUACCAUCAAAGCUCGUCAAUGGGAUUUUACAUGCUCCAGCAAUAGGAUUGUAACAAGACAACAGGCAACAUUAGACACAGGCUACACAUGGAAAAUCAUGUUUUAUAAUACCACGCUGCCAGAAUGCGAAGGCAGACCAAACUGUACAUUUACUGGGCACUGUAAUGGCUAUCCCUGUCCAAUCCGCAGUGAAUCUCUCACCUCGAAAGGUGUUUCAAUGGCCGACUGCAAUCUAUCGCUUGGAUACUACGAAAUGGAAGUGCAUUGCAAUGAAUGGAUAUGCGCUGUUCGUAGAAUGAGAGAGCUGGAUUUGUUCGACGAGCAUUAUUCCCUAAGUGACGAUGAUAGGCUCCGAAAGACUUUUGUCGCCAAUCAACUUGUUCAUCUCCCUGUCGCGGACACCUACAGCGCAGGAGAUUCAUUUAUGAGAGGCUCAACGAUAAUGGAGAAGUAUAUCAAUGAUCCGUCCAAUGUUAUCGGGGUUGGGCCCAUGCAUGUAGAAUUGGGAAAGCUUCCUCCGGAUGUCUUCGCAGAACGGUUGACGGUCAUGUACAACACAUUCUGGCAAUCCACAUACGGAACUAGGACGUUAGGCGGAAAUCUUUCUAUAUCCGUCCUACAAACAGGCCGAUUGGACGCCGUCGAAUCCGGUUCCAAUGUCUCAUUCAUCAGAAGCGAGGCCAACUUCUUGGACAGCAAUCACAUGUUCCAGAAAGUAAGAUGGAGGUGGUUUACGGCCCUAAUUGUCUGUUCGGUGAUACUCCUAGCUGCUGGGUACAUUGGUCUUGUACUCAAGUACAUUACCAUCGCACCGGACAUCAUCGGCUACGCCUCUUCGCUCACAAUCAUGAACCCUUAUCUUCUCACGCCAACGGGAGGAACUACUUUGAAUGGCUUGCAAAGGUCAGCUCUGUUGCGCGACUUGCCUGUGCGCAUUGGAGACGUUUGCCCAAACGACCCGGUGGGCGCGAUAGCGUUUGCAAAGAACGAUGUGGGAAUAGUGGCGGAGCUGGACAGAAAGAGACGGUAUAUCUAA